AUGUUCGGACGUGUCAAGGCGAAUUGCUGCCGCUCCUUGAGUGUGGAGGCGUCCGUACCUGAUCAAUAUUGCCCGCCCCUGUCCUCCCCUGUACCCCGACCACACCCCUGUACCCCAGCCACACCCCUGUACCCCAGCCACUCCCCUGUACCCCAGCCACUCCCCUGUACCCCAGCCACUCCCCUGUACCCCAGCCGCACCCCUGUACCCAAGCCACUCGCCUGUACCCCAGCCACUCCCCUGUACCCCAGCCACUCCCCUGUACCCCGGCCACACCCCUGUACCCCAGCCACACCCCUGUACCCCAGCCACUCCCCUGUACCCCAUCCACACCCCUGUACCCCAGCCACACACCUGUACCCCAGCCACUCCCCUGUACCCCAGCCGCACCCCUGUACCGAAGCCACUCCCCUGUACCCCAGCCACUCCCCUGUACCCCAUCCACACCCCUAA